AUGCCUAAUAUCUUGAAGAAGUUAUAUCGCAAUUACCAGGAACAUCAACACCCUUCGCACGAGCCUUCCCCCACUUACAAUCAAGACAAGUCAAUGGAAUCAUUUCAUCAGCUGCAUCCUGGUGAGCAGAUCAACCACCCCGGCCCUGCUCAAGCUGCAAUGAGUAAUACCAAUGUAAGUUCGACAACAACAGCUAAUGUGACGCAAGCAGAACAACAGCAACAACAGCUGCCACAACAGCAACAAUUUCAACAACAGGAGCAAAAUGCCCAACAACAGGAGGUGCAACUCCAACAGCUGCAACAACAGCAUCAACAAAAUGUACCAAAAUCCGCUGCUGACGAGGCGAUUCAAAGAUCCUUGCUACCACAAAGAUCUACUGUGAGUAAAGGCAAAUAUUCGUUAAACGAUUUUUCAAUAAUGAGGACAUUAGGAACUGGUUCAUUUGGUAGAGUUCAUUUGGUGAGAUCAGUUCAUAAUGGAAGAUAUUACGCAAUCAAGGUGUUGAAAAAACAACAAGUUGUUAAAAUGAAGCAAGUUGAGCAUACUAAUGAUGAGCGUAAGAUGUUAAAGUUGAUUGAACAUCCCUUUUUGAUAAGAAUGUGGGGCACGUUUCAAGAUUCACGAAACUUGUUUAUGGUGAUGGAUUACAUUGAAGGUGGUGAAUUGUUUUCAUUGUUGAGAAAAUCACAACGGUUCCCCAACCCCGUGGCAAAAUUCUAUGCUGCUGAAGUGACAUUGGCUUUGGAAUACUUACAUAGUCAUGAUAUCAUUUAUCGAGACUUGAAGCCAGAAAAUAUCUUGUUGGACAGAAAUGGACAUAUAAAGAUUACAGAUUUUGGUUUUGCUAAAGAAGUUAGUACAGUCACUUGGACAUUGUGUGGAACACCCGAUUACAUUGCUCCUGAAGUUAUCACCACAAAACCAUAUAACAAAUCUGUAGAUUGGUGGAGUCUUGGUGUUUUGAUCUUUGAAAUGUUGGCAGGGUAUACUCCCUUUUACGAUUCCACACCAAUGAAGACGUAUGAAAAGAUUUUGGCAGGCAAGAUUCAUUAUCCAAGUUUUUUCCAACCUGAUGAGAUUGAUCUUUUGUCGAAGUUGAUAACGGCAGAUUUGACCAGAAGAUUGGGUAACUUGAUAAAUGGACCUGCUGAUAUAAGAAAUCAUCCCUGGUUCAAAGAAGUGGUGUGGGAGAAAUUGUUGGCUAAGGAUAUUGAAACGCCUUAUGAACCACCAAUCACUGCUGGUGUCGGUGAUUCAUCAUUAUUUGACCAUUACCCCGAAGAACAGCUCGACUACGGAGAGCAAGGAGAGGAUCCAUAUGGUCAAUAUUUCCUCGAUUUUUAG